AGUACUAGAAAAGGAACGUAGGAGUACUCCGUAUUUAAACCAAUAUUUUAAGAAUUUUCUCCUCCUAUGCAAGCUUUAAAUCUGUUCUGACCGUUACACUUCUCUCUCUCUAGCAUCGUGAAUCAAAAGGAGCUGUCACUUGGAUUCCCAACGUCGCAUUCUGGUCACCAGUAAGUAAAUUCGAAUCUGUUUGAAGAGUGGUUGAAAACACAUUCAAAAAAUGGGCUGUGCGCCAUCGAAGAUUGAUAGCCUAGAAGCAGUCCAGCUAUGUAAAAAUAGGAAGAUGCUCAUUGAACAAGCAGUUCAGUGUAGAUCGCGGUUUGCUUCGGGCCACGUUGCCUAUAUUGAGUCCAUGGGGAGAGUCUCGUCUGCUCUUUGUGACUACGUUGAAGGAGAAGGGUACAAUGGCAUCUUACUUGAUGCAUUCACAACACCAACUUUCACUCCUGUCAAGAAAAUAAACUCUGGGUUCAUCUCUCUAACCCCCAAAUCCUAUGCCGAGAGAGGGGAAUUGGGAUCCGAUAAGAGUUGUGCUUUGAAGUUGAAUUACUCAAAGUCAGGCGGCCUGAGUCCUUGUGUUACGGUGGAGGAGAAACCUCAAUCACCUGAAGCUGUCAGGGUUGAGGCUUAUUCCCCUGCCCAUCGGUAUGGGGUGGAUGGCUUUUUCGCCAUGCACUCUGUGCCAAUGAGUUCUUCGUUUCCUCAAUCCUCUCCUAAUUUAUCCUCAAGUCUAACCCAAAGCACCCAUUGGGAUUCGUUCUGGGACCCGUUCACGUCACUAGAUUACUACGGUUACCCCGUGACAAGCGGCCUGGAUCAGACCAUUUUGGAUGGAAAUGAUGGGGUAAGCAAAGUUCAAAAGGGAGAAAUCAUCCAUGGUUUAGCAGAACAUAUUGGCUGUAAGGAAAAUCUAAAUGUAAAGACUAGUCAGCGCCCUAAAAGCUUCAAUGAAGAAGACACUGAUGCUGGAGAUGUAAAUGUCAAUGACAGCGAGGGUCACGCAAUCAAGGAUAACAUUGCCCCAGAUUUUCAACUUGAUGAUGAUAAUAAUAAUAAUAACAAUACAUCAGUGUCAAAGACUCAAAUUGACAACCGGCUCGGUAGCAGACAACCCACAAUGGCUGAUUGUGAAGAAGCAAAGAAGCAAAUUCCAGGAUUUACAGUGUAUGUCAAUACAGGACCAACACACAUGGAAGAAGCUGUUAAGGAUCUUGAUGCUCAGUUUAGAAUUGCUUGUAAUGCGGCUAAAGAGGUGUCAGCUAUGUUGGAUGCUACUAAGGCUCAUAAUUCAUCAAUCUCAAAUGAUUUUACAUAUGGCAAUAAUUAUGCGAGCAACAGCGACUUAUCUGAUGACUCCAGGUUUUGUUAUAGUCAUCAGUCAACCUUGGACAAAAUGCAUCUCUGGGAGAAGAAACUUUACGAGGAAGUCAAAGCAGGUGCACGUAUGCGGUUAGCAUAUGAAAAGAAGUGCAUACAACUCAAAAAUCUGGAAGAGAACAAGGCUAGUCUUCCUUCUAUUAAUAGAACAAGAUCAGCUAUAGGGGAUUUGGUAGCCCACAUCAAAGUCUCAAUGCACACUGUAGAAACUAUUUCGAAAAGGAUUGAGAUUCUCAAGGAUGAGGAGCUUCAACCUCAGCUUUUACAACUGAUGCAAGGGCUAGGUAAAAUGUGGAAGGUGAUGGCAGACAGCCAUCAAUUGCAGAAACAUAUUCUUGAAGAAGCUAAGAAUUCUGCAGCUAAGAGUUAUUCCAGAGCACCCACCUCCUUUGAGCCACACCAGGUGGUUAACCUUGAGACUGAGCUAAGGAACUGGCGUGCCUGUUUCGAAACAUGGAUUGUUUCUCAACGGUCAUACUUGCACGCCCUAACGGGGUGGCUUCUAUGUUGUCUAAAUGCAAAUCCCACCACGCCGAAACAGUCGUUUUCUCCAGGCUCCAGGUUUGUGGCAGCUCAACCGGCGUUCAACAUUUGUGUCCAAUGGUCAAGGCUGCUGGACUCCAUCAACGAAGACCCGGUGCUUGAUGGAAUAGACUUCUUCGUGGAAGGCCUUGUCUCUCUAUGCCAGAAACAUCUGAGAGGAGGAGGAGAUUAUUCUAAUAGUAGUAGUGAAGCUGGGAAAGUUGAUCAUGUGGAGGAAGAAGAAGAAGAAGCAUUCAUUGGUGCUGCCAAUAGAGUGGUUUGUUCAGGGAUGUCUGUUUCGGUCGGUGCACUGACAGAGUUUGCAACUGUUUCAGCAGAAGGGUAUGCUGAUCUACUCAAGAAAUGGGAGGAAAAUAAGCAGUGUGAAGAUAAUACAGAGGGAGCGUAGUGUAACUCUGAUCCUGGGAUUGCUCCGUAUUUAAUCUAUUUAUUAUCUGCUAGUAGUUUAAGUGAAUGUAAAUUACAUGUUGACUGGCUUAAUGGGGGGGGGGGGGGGUGCCUCAUUGGAAGAAAACUGUUUUCUGUGUUAAAAUUCAUAUGGUAAUCAAUUUUGGUCCUUGAG